UAUCAACUGUGCAGGAGACACUCAACAGAUUUUAUCUACCAGAAAAAUGAUUUGGCUUGUGUUUUUCAGCUUUAUUCUUAAAUUGAUUUCUGCUUUUAAUGGUGAAGACAUUUUUGUGUUAUGCCCCACCCAAGACACCCAAUUUCCAACUAAAAAUAAUAAUUCUUCAACUGAUCAAUACAAUCCCUAUUACUAUCCAUAUCCUUGGUGGCCAAAUUCCUAUAUUCCACGUUACAAGUCAAAUCAGUUUUGUAAAUGGACUGUCGUAAUUCCAGACCGGACAUUUAUAAAUUUCACAAUGAUUGCGGAUAUUGCUGAUGAUAGCGCAUUAAUGAUUACCGAUAGUAAUGGAAAUCAAGAGAAUAUCAUGACAAGUGAUCUCCAGCCGUACGUUUUUGUUGGAAACAAGUUCACUAUCAAUUUGAUAGUUGGUGCCAACGGGAACUCAACGAAAUUUGGAUUUGUGGUGCAAUGGAGUCCGUUUCCAACCCCAAAUCCAGUAUUCUACCAUGUCAAUAAAACUAGUCCAGCUUUAUUUUUCGAUGAAAUGCUGUACGAGAACUCCGUCACAAUCACUGCAGAAACUAGAGCGACCAUCGUGGCUUUUCCCUCAACGUAUCCAGACUUCACGCCACUCCUCCGUAUUACACUGGUAUUCGAUGGCCCUGAUUUGAAUUCUCCAUACCUUGGAACUUUAUUCCAAGCCUUGCGUUCCAACAAGCCAAUGGUGUCUAAUUCGAAGCAAAUGACAGUUUUUACGUUUCAAGAAAAUUAUAUUGUUGGAUCCAACUUUGUUGUUCAGGACUAUUAUAAUGUUCAAAGCCUCUCGGCAACAAAAGGUGUGACUUGUUGGAGUGAUACUUCAUGUCCGGUGACUCUGAACGCAGCGAAAGGCCCAGUUUCAGCAAUGACAUUGAAUCCAGAUGAUGGGAAACAAUAUGUUAAGCAGUUGGCUUUGAGUCCAAAUUCAGUUUUGAAAAUAUAUAACGGAGCAAGAAGAGAAGGUGAUGAUUCGAAUCUAAUCACAACGUAUAACUGUGAGCAGUCAAAAACAAGUAUUCCACAAAAGUUUUAUGGAACUAUCGUAACAUAUUACUUGGCAAAUGGAACGGCACUGGUCGAGCUUGCGGAAGAUUCUAAUUUCACUCGGUGGAAUGACGCGUCAGACGGGAGACAAGGAUUCAUAAGUUCUAGAAGAUAUGGAAAACUUGAUUUCUUCCAAGAUGUCAAGGAGGAAAUUGGAGGAUUGGAUUCUAAUCAAACGUUUUCAUUUGAAAUCAAUGUAAUCCGCCUCGAUGUUUCAAAUUCUGCAGAGUUGGUAAUAAGUUUCAAGAACGCAACCGGUGAAGAUGUACACAAAUUCUCCAAAGAAAAUAAUUAUCAAUCCAGAGUAUUUCAAGGAAUUGGUAGAAAUAUGACAGUGCAAUAUAAUUCGAACGGUGAAGAAACUAGCGGAUUCUAUUUGCACUUCAAAAUCGAGGCUCACAACGGGUGCCCAGGAAAUUAUUUCACCAUGACUGCAUUUUUAUUAUUAUUUCUUCCACUGUUAUAUUGAAAACGUCGACAACUCACACCUACUGGUAUAACUGUAAUUGUCAUAUAUUAUUUUCUGGUAAUUUUUUGAAUAAAAUUGAUCAUGUUUU